CCAAAAUGGCGGCAGGUGAAAACAGAAUUUACUCGUGAGACAAAAAUAACUAAAAACAGAGUAUCUCCAAACGCUAAGCCAGCUCAACAUGGACUGAUGAACUUCUUACUAGAAUGAGUACUGGGCAGGCGAUAUGGUCUUGCAAUAUUGCUUGUCUAAGCCCAUUUUACAUGACAAAUUUUGGAGUUUGGUUGUACUCGGAGUUGUCUUGGCUAUCCUGGAAUGACAGCAGUCAAUGGUGAGGUACCAGCUUCGGUUGCUACGAACCUGACAGACACACAAAUUGUGCUGCCAGACAAGUUAUCUAGUAUUAAAAAGGCUGAAACAUUUUCGUCAUUGAAGCUAAAAUGGAACUCAAGCGAGGAGGUUUUGUCUAUUCUUAUAAGUUUUGAAAAGCAUGAAUCAUGGUUCUCUCAAAAAGUCCCAAAAAGACCUCCAAAUGGUUCCAUGUUACUUUUUAAUCGUCAAAACAUCAAGGAUUAUCGUAAAGAUGGCUACAGCUGGAAGAAGAGAACAAGUUCAAGUUCAUACAUAAGAGAAGAUCACUGCAAAUUGAAGGUUGCUGGCGUCAAUUGUCUAAAUGUGGUCUACACUCAUUCAGCCAUUGUACCAACUUUUCAUCGGCGCAUUUACUGGCUUUUACAGAAUCCAGAUAUCGUACUAGUUCAUUAUUUAAAUCUCAUUGAUGAUUUGCAAGAGGAACAUAUUCACAUCUGUGACAAACAGAAAGUGAAUAUUUUAUGCCAGAUUAAUUCAAUUUUUUCAGGAGUUGAGCCAAACUUAAUUCCCAAAUUUGAGGUAACUGAAGUUGAGGAAGAAGACCCAAGUUGUCAAUCAACCAGCAGUUCAUCCAAGAAAGCGCAGCAUGAAAAUAAGCAAUUCAAAGUCACUAUAACACCUGUAAAUAAUGAUCAUCUACCGACGACCAUACCUAACGUAAUCCAACAACGUGUUAACUCUCCUUAUCAAGUGAACCUUUGGAUGAGAAACAAUGACCUUAGUAAUGGUGUUAAUACAACAGAUUCAAGACCUCAGCCUUUACCUGGAAACAGUUUCCAGGGAAAUACCAUCCCUAGCAACAAUCAACAAGGAAGUUUAACACAUCAGAACGUUCACCAUGGCAACAAUUUUCAAGGCAACAGGUUUCCAGUCAGUAGUUUCCAGAACAACGUUUUACAGACUAGUGGGCUUCAGAGUAAUGCCUUCCCAAUCCAAGCGAUGUCAAAUUUGCAGGCAAGUAAUGCGGCAUUGCAGUCACUUGCAAAUCAAGCAAUCCAAUCUACAGUCAUAUUCAGCCCAAUAUGUAACGUACCAUUACCAAACCAAUCCAGAAAUUCACCAGUGAAGUCGAAUGGGUUGAUUACUCAAGGUAUUGACCUCCCUACGUCAAUGGUCCGUUUUCCUGGUACCGUUACGAGUUCCCUUAAUGUCCCUAUUAGAUAUAUACAACCUGCGACAGUUAUCGAGCCUAGUAAAUUAACUUCAUCUUCAGAGCCAGCAACUACGCAAAAUGUCCUCACAACAUCGAACGUUAUCAGUCAGCCCCAGCCUGUCUAUGCUAAUUCUGUCGGUGUUGGGUCCCAGCCUCUUCUGUUCUUUAGCUCAGAGUCUAUACCUGCAGUGGCGAGAGUGGCUUCGACGCUUAACGUAGCACCCAAAACGAACACUGUGGAAUGUUCUGUAGCUAACACAACAAUGGCAGAGAAUGCAACAAAUACGAGUGAUGGAGUCAAUGUAGCUUCAAGUAACAAUUCCUUGUCCCUAGAUUAUCAAUUUAGACCUGUGGAGUCGCCUCAGACAAGUAGUGCCAACGGGCCGAUUGAGACAUCCUUAAAUGGUUCCUUAACUUCAGUGGAAUCGCCCCAUAGAAACGUGUCCCAGGGGCUGAGUGAACCAUCUCAUAGUAGUUCCCUUCAAAACAAUGACGUCUUAACAUCUUGCAGAAACGCUGUCAUCAAUAACGUCACAUUGACGUCAGGUGCGCAUUGGCAUGACAACAGAUCAGCCAGUCAACAUGCAGAACAACUCAGUUCCAGUCCAUCUAGUGAUUAUGGGAGCCUUUUGUCCGAGUCCGGGACUCGGUUUUCUGGGUCUGAGUCUAUGUCUUCUGAACUCGGUAGUAAUGGCUUCGAUGGUCCUUUCCGACUUCCACUUCCUGUCACGCAAAACAGUCGUGUCACACAAUUACAAGUUAAUAGCAUUUUAUCAAGCAGUCAUGGUACGUCACUUCCGGUAAAUGAGAAUGAUGGUAACCAUAGAGACACUAGCACUCCACUCGACUCAAAUCAUGUGGAUAUGACGUUCGACUUUGCUGAACUUCAUUCGUUUGACGAACUUGAUUACGACGGCUUGAAUUUUGAUUUGAAUUCAGUCUUAGGAGAUUAUUUCAACAGCCCUGAGCCUACUCCCGUCACUUCAAAAGAAAGUUCUAGUAAUACAACGCACACUGCGCUUAGCGAGACCUCGGUUUGUACCUUGAGUGAAAAACACGGCCAAAAAGGAAUGGAUAUUGAAAGCGAGGCAAAAGCUGAAACUCAGUCACCUAGUCCCUCAAAUCGUCAUCAAGAAACACCAACAUCUUCAUCCCUGGCAAUUCCUGACGAUAACACUCCUAGCAACAGUUGCCGUACACCCGUCAAUGAUAUUGUCAUGGCGACGAGUCCUCAAGUCUUGAGUUCCCAUGGUGAUUACGUAAAUACUGAUCAACAAGAACUACCUUGUGAUCAAUCUUCCACACCGGAAGUAAGUAUUAUACAGGAAGUAAAUACAGCAGCGGAAGUAAACACCAUAACGGAAAUAAACAAUAAUUCUACUUUACUACCGGCAGUUAUGCCGGGAUCGGCUUGCAUCACCGACUUUUCACCGGAGUGGUCAUACCCGGAGGGUGGAGUCAAGGUUUUAGUUACCGGGGAGUGGUCGUCUUCUGAGAUGUCCUAUACGUGUUUAUUCGAUGGUUGUAGUGUCGAGGCUAUACUUGUACAGGUGGGUGUCCUACGAUGCUACUGUCCAUCACAUGAACCAGGCCUAGUCACACUACAAGUAGCAUGCAAUGGAUUCAUUGUCAGUAACGCAUGCGUAUUCGAGUAUCGGGCUCAUGAUUCCCCGGGAGAUUUAAAUACCCACCACGAGUGGUUAGCAAUGGACGAUGCACGUUUUAAACUUGCACUUCUUGACCGUUUGGAGAGAUUAGAAAGUCGCCUCUCCGUACAAACUUCGGACUCUAAUCGGACGUAUUCGGAAACCCGACACCAACAGUGUCGUUCGUUUGAAGAGCGAAUAUUAAUGACCUGUAGAGGUUUAUUUGAGGCUAAUACUUCAAGUACAGCUACUAAUUUAAAAAGACCUUAUCGAGGCAUGACGUUAAUCCAUCUCGCUGCUGCAUUGGGCUUCUCAAAACUUCUCCGAGAAAUGGCGGUCAAGUGGCAAGACCCACGAACAUCUGAACUGCUACGUCAGGAGUUAGAUCCCAGCAGAAAGGACGAGUUCAACUGCACACCGCUAAUGUGGGCAUGCGCACUGGGUCAAAGAGCUGCAGUCGCUGAAUUGUUGUGUUGUCAUGCCAACUCAUUACUUGUUCCAGAUGCUUGCGGGCGUUUGCCUUUACAGCUGGCACGUGACCGGGGCUAUUUCGAAGUAGUGGAUUGUAUUGAGGAGUUUGCGUUGUCUUCAGAGAGGCGUACCUUGUUAAACAUGUGCUCGUCCGAUGAAGACGAAGAAGAAACCCCUGAGAGUGUCCCUUCUCCUGCACAUCUCGCUACUUCAAAUACAGGACAACAAAACUCCCCAUCCCUACCCCCUAAUAGUCAGCCCAUGUCAAUAGAGACGAGCUAUACAGACCGCGCAUGCUCACCAAUGCAUGUAGAAGAAGUAAAUAAUGGUAGUGUGCUGUUAAACCAAGCUCUGGUACAAAUCCAUGAGAUGAUUAAUGAGGCAGAGCGACAAGCGGACCUUGAAAGCCAAAGUCUUGCAGGUCGUCUUCCUUUGCAGCUUUCUCCCGUACAAGAGGAGAACGAAGUACUGCCCUCUCCUGGGGGAUGGGGAUCAUCUGGUAGCCGUUUCAGGUCAUUUAGUUCUGCAUCGUCUCAAAGCUCUCCCCUCACCCCUUCGUCAAAGUCUUCUUUAUCACCAGGGUCCCCUGCGUUCUUGAAUUCGCCGCAUUCAUCGCCAGGUCUUCCACCAGAUACCAAGGAGUUUCACGAAUUCUUGUGCAGUUCUAAGAAAUUGUUGGAAAAGAAUUUUUCGGAAUUGACGCUUACAGAUCGAGAACAACAAGAAUUAUAUCAAGCAGCUCUUAUCAUCCAGGAGGCCUACAGGUCAUACAAGAUUCGUCGUCAACAACACGACCAAGAAAUCCAAGCAGCCGUCUUAAUACAGAAUCAUUAUCGCCGGUAUAAACAGUUUUUGCUGUACAAGAAAAGAACACACGCAGCGUUAAUCAUUCAGAACCAGUACCGCGCGUACAGGGAACAUGAACAGUUUAAAAAGAGUCGACGAGCUGCAGCUAUUAUCCAAAAUCAGUUCCGUAUUUAUCGACUAAGACGACAAUCACAAAAAAGACGCGACGAGCAUAAAUCUAAGCAACAAGAAGCUAGAUUCAUGAGACAAUCGUCAAACAGAUCAAAUACAAGCGUAUAAAGCACCUCUUCUUCAUGAGCUACCAUGAGAUUUGAGACUGAAGCACUGGGUUCCCUGUGUCAUUUAUCAUAUUUCUAAAGAUUGUUAUAUAGUCGAUCAAUACAGAAACCACGAAGGUUGUAUUAUAUUACAUACGCAACUGUGUAUUUUACAGUACUUUUAUUAUGCGGCAUCAUUUUAAACCACAAAAUCGGCAACGGAAAGGUCAUUAUUGCACAACAGAGCAUCAUGGGAAAUUUAUUCUUUGUUUUUUAUGUCCGCUUAACAAAAAUCCCUGAAACGUAUUUUUGCUUUUUAUUUGUAAAAGUACAAGUAGUUGGGCCGUUUCUUUGAAGAUAACCACAAAAACUGCUUUAGAAAGUACUUUAACGGACAUGAAAAACGCGAGGACUGCAUUUACUAUGAUUUCCUGUUUUAGAAAAUAGCUUUGAUUCGCAUUCACUAUUUCGAGAUGUUGUACAGCAUGUUUAAAAAUAAUUAUGAAGCAUUAACGAGUUACUCAAGCAAUCAUUCAAAUAUCACAUUUUUAGUCGUUACUUGACUACGAUGUGAAAGACUUUCGUGUCGGUUUCAUUUUCCCAAAAUACAGUCAACUCUCGCUAUUACGGACACCCUCGAGUCCUUACUUUAGCGUUCGCAGUAGCGAGAGUAGUAACGAGAGCUACUUUCAGUCAUUUCUUUGUAUUUUUCGCCGGGGAUUCGGUAUCUUCUGUCCGCAAUAUCGGGGUGUCCGUUGUGGCGGGGUGUCCGUAAAGCGAGAGUUGACUGUAGUUGGACUUCUGUGGCAUCACAGCUGACCAAUGAGGACAGCAGACACUUGACAUAUAAUUUUGAAUGAGGCUCAAACUACAAAACAAGAAAAACGCAUCAAUUUUCUUCGACGUCGCGCAUAUCAUAUUGUACAAGUUACACGAUAACAAUUUAUUAUGGUACUUGGAGUAGUUUAAAUGUAAAAGCAAGUUAAUUCUUGAUAUGAUAAUAUUGAUAAUUUAUUUAAUAGAACUAUUUAUUGCUUUAGUGAAAUGUGGUGUGUAACCCAGUUCGCUUACAGAAUAAAAUAAAAAUAGACAUUGGUUAAUCAAACAAAA